GUCGGCUGGGUGCGGUAGCUCAAUACGCAGCAAUCAUUCUCAUUCCAACUCCAUUCCUUUUUUGGUCAAUGCUCAAACGUGCUCUAACGGGGUCAACGGAUAGAAAGCUGACUUUUCUUGCUUCCGAGUUGGGUCGCUUCACUUCACCACAUGCAAUGCCUUUCCUGCAAAUUGCAAGAUCGUCUAAAACGUUAAGAUUUGCGUGGAGAAGUCAACAUAACCUGUGCUGGCCUUGAGAAAACAGGGAAAUUCCUCGUAAAGGCGAUCAACUACAACUUUACAAUCCGGAUUGCGGAGACGAAUCUUGAGACAAUUGUCAAUUUCACCAUUACUGGGAACUACAAUUGGGACUCUGUUUCAGAAGAGGCCACUCUCAAUGUUGAAGAAUAAGCUUCUCUUUGCAGUUCUCAUUUCCUUUCUUGCACUCCACUUCCAUGUAUCCCAUGGCGAGAAUAACCAGAGCAUGACUUAUAACUGUGACCACCAUUCUUCUUGCGGUGAUAACAUCAAAAUCGGCCACCCUUUUCGAUUAAAAGGAGACCCUCCAACUUGUGGUGACCCCAACUAUGAACUGUCUUGCGACAACAAUCACACCAUACUGAGCUUCAACUCUGCCAAAUAUGUCGUCAAGGCGAUCGACUACAAUAACUUCACUAUCAGAGUUGCUGACAUUGGCAUCCAAGAACACAACUGCUCCUCCACUCCUCUUCGUCCUUUACGACCCACUUACCAAUUUGCUGGCUACUACGACCAAUAUUUUUCAUCUUAUCACUACUUUGCCAAUGUGUCAAACAUUGAUAAUAUUGUCUACAUAAGCUGUGAAACUCCAACGAAGUCUCACUCUUUUGUGGAUGCUGCUCCUUGCAUCAGCAAAACAAGUUACUCUAACAGGAGAUACCAUUAUGUUAUGGCUGGUGAUGUUGAGAUCUUGGACUUGGAUCCCUCCUGUGCAGCCGAUUUAAUUACCACGACAACAUUGCUGCGAGAGAAAAAUAAGAGGAACAUUUCAUACAUGGACAUCCACAGAGAGCUGGUUUAUGGUUUGGAGCUUUCGUGGGCUACCAUGCGUUGUGGACCUUGCCAUGGAAUCCCUGGCACCGCCUUUUGUACAAUGCACAACACCACCCUUAUAGUGGCCUGCCCUAUUAAAAGCAUACUUGAAGAGUUCCUCAGAGCGCUCCUCAGAGCGCUUCCUUUUUUGAUCCUCCAAAUAGGGAUAUACGUGUGUUUGGCGCUUCUAGCAAGAGCAUUAUGUGGGAUCCCAUGUCUUCUGGCGCUUGUGGGUUAUAAAUGGCGUAGGAGACAUUUAUCAAUGGAUGACUCACUUGAAGAAUUCCUGCAAAGUCAAAAAAACCUUAUGCCAAUAAGGUACUCUUACUCACAUAUCAAAAAAAUGAGCAAAGGUUUCCAAGAAAAAUUGGGAGAAGGAGGAUAUGGCACUGUGUUCAAAGGAAAACUUAGAAGUGGUCAAUUAGUAGCAAUCAAGAUGUUAGGCAAAUCAAAAGCUAAUGGACAAGACUUCAUCAAUGAAGUUGCAACUAUUGGUAGGAUUCACCAUGUCAAUGUGGUGCGUCUCAUUGGCUUUUGUGCCGAAGGACCAAAACGUGCUCUUGUAUAUGAAUUCAUGCCUAAAGGCUCCCUUGACAAAUACAUUCUCUCUCAAGAAGGAGGUAUCUCCUUAAGUUCGACCAAAAUGUACGAGAUUUCUGUUGGCGUGGCUCGUGGGAUUGAAUAUCUCCAUCGAGGAUGUGAUAUCCAAAUUCUACAUUUUGAUAUCAAGCCUCACAAUGUACUUCUUGAUGAAAACUUUGUUCCUAAGAUAUCGGAUUUUGGGCUGGCUAAAUUAUACUCAACAGAUGAUAGCAUUGUGUCUGUCACUGCAGCGAGAGGAACAAUCGGAUACAUAGCGCCAGAGCUUAUCUUCAAAAGAAUUGGAGGUGUUUCAUAUAAAGCUGAUGUGUACAGUUUUGGGAUGUUGUUGAUGGAAAUGUUAGGGAAAAGGAAGAAGCUCGAUGCAGAAACGGAUAAUAAUUCAAGUCGGAUGUACUUUCCUUUGUGGGUUUACCAUGAGAUGGUUGAAGGAAAGGUUACAGAAGUUGGGGAUGCCACUAAUGAGGAGGAGAAUAUUAUUAAGAAGAUGACAUUAGUAGGAUUGUGGUGCAUACAAAUAAGACCUUGCGAUCGUCCACCAAUGAGAAAGGCAAUCCAAAUGCUUGAAGGACAUAUAGAAAACUUAACACUGCCUCCUGAGCCUACUUUUAAUAUAGAACAAGUGCCAGCAGAGGAAGUUGAAGAAGCUACAAACCCAACAUGGUCAUCGUUGACAUCAAUCAGCACUUCAGAAUCUGUCAGAUUGGUUAUAGAUGCAGAUUGAGUACGUAUAAUACUAAGGAUUUUCAAGAUUGAGCCAAGCAAAGACAUUGGACCCUUUACAAUAAUGUAUUUUGUUUCAGUGUGAUUGUAGAAACAUUUCAUUUUUCAGUACAUAUUAUUACUACA